GUGAGGCAGCGCGGUUGAUUACGUUUAAGAAAACAUUUCGCGGGAGAUUAGCUGCAGACGGGUUGCCUGUAAACAGUGACGAUAAAAUUUACACUAAAGUCUUCACACAAUGAGUUUGUGGCUGGAUAAAUAUCGACCGACGUCUCUUGGGAAACUUGACUAUCACAAAGAACAAGCGACUCAACUGAAAAACCUGGUUCAGUGCGGCGACUUUCCUCACUUGUUGGUGUACGGACCAUCAGGAGCGGGGAAAAAAACCCGCAUCAUGUGUUUGCUGAAAGAACUGUAUGGACCAGGGGUGGAGAAGCUUCGCAUAGAGCAUCAAACUAUUGUGGCUCCAUCAAAAAAGAAAAUUGAGAUCAACAUAAUAGCCAGCAACUAUCACUUAGAGGUUAACCCAAGUGAUGCAGGAAACCAGGAUCGUGUGGUGAUCCAGGAGCUGAUUAAAACUGUGGCCCAGUCCCAGCAAAUCCAGUCCAGCACUCAGAGAGAGUUCAAAGUGGUGCUGCUUACAGAGGUGGACAGACUUACUAAGGAUGCUCAGCAUGCCUUGCGACGCACAAUGGAGAAGUAUAUGACUACCUGUCGUCUCAUUCUCUGCUCGACAUCCACCUCGAAGGUCAUCGGGCCGAUCCAGAGCCGAUGUCUGGCUGUCAGAGUUCCUCUGCCGAGCACAGAAGAGGUGUGCAGUGUUCUGACGUCGGUCUGUAAAAAGGAAGGUCUGCUGCUGCCGCCUGAGCUGGCCAAGCAGAUCAGCGAAAAGUCGGGUCGCAACCUCCGCAGAGCUCUUCUGAUGUGUGAGGCGUGCAGAGUGCAGCAGUAUCCAUUCUCAGCAGAUCAGGAUGUGCCAGAGCCGGACUGGGAGGUCUACCUGAGAGAAACUGCUAAUGCCAUCGUCAGCCAGCAGAGUCCUCAGAGGUUGUUGGAGGUUCGAGCCAGGCUGUACGAGCUGCUAACGCACUGCAUCCCUCCUGAUAUCAUCAUAAAGGGUUUAGUGGAAGAACUACUGAAUAACUGCGACGGGCAGCUAAAGACGGAGGUGGCCCACCUGGCUGCUUACUAUGAGCACCGACUCCAACUGGGCAGCAAAGCCAUCUACCACCUGGAGGCGUUUAUUGCAAAGUUCAUGGCCAUGUACAAGAAGUUUAUGGAAGACGGCCUGGACGCCAUGAUGUUUUGAGUUGCAGAGUUUUUGUGCCAUAAUUUGGAACCGUUUAUAGCAGUUUGGGUUUAUGUAAUUAUCGGUAAAUUCAUCAGCAUUGCACACAGACUAUAAACCAUUGAGCUUAUAAAAAUGGAAAACACAAGAUGGACCUGGGAAGGCAGGGAAUGUAUUAUAAUGUUCAGAGAGGUUACAAUAAAUCACCUUGUUAGCAACAUGUAAAGUCUGCAUCUUCGUGUUACAAGUACCACUUAUUGUUUAACUUGACACUGAAGUUCAGCCGCAGUUAGUUUAAUAAAUUAGAACUUAAUUUAUUCACAAAUUGUGCUUACUCAUAGCAUGUAUUACAACGGUAUCUAUAGGUCUUUGAGACACUGCUUAAAUAACUAAUAAAUUACAAUUUAAGAUAAAUAUGUCAGCACCAAAAGUCUAACAAAUAGGCAUGGGCCAAGUACCUAUAUCAAGGUGUCUCAUUGCUUAGAAAAUGACCAGUUAUGUGAAACUGAAGGAGCGCUACACAAUCACCCAUAUGUUAGGAGGAAAAUGUUUUAAAAUUACAGUUUAUGAGCAAAGACUUACUAUUGCUAAAAAAAAAAAAA